AUGGAGGUACGUUUUUGUCAUGAAUUAUUGAUAAGAAAUGGCUCAAAAUUAUGAUUUUGUCGGUAAAAUAAUGUGGAUUUGUUGCGCUUUGAAAACACCCGCCAUCGGUUUGCAAUAGCUGCACUAGGGGACCUGAUACAGUGGCAAAAAACGCACCAUUUUGGAUCCAGGAAGCAUAAAAAAUGAAGUAAAAUACCUCCUUUGGAAAGUGAAAAAUCCGAUUUCAAAAGCGCGCCCGCUCUUUUUGUGAGAUGGCCUUCUAAUCGAAGGUUUUUUCACUUUGAGAGGGAGUCAUUUUGCUGCAUUUCUGAUACCUCCCUGAUACAAAUGGUACGUUUUUGCCACUGGAUCAGGUCCGUCACUGUAGUGCGGCUGGAGAUUUAGUGAGCGGCAGCGACAAGACGAGACAUUUCGCUGCGACAAAUCCACAUUAUUUUCCCGACAUACUGAUAUAAUAAUAUACAUACUGAUAAAAAAUGUAUUGUAGGAAGCCAAGAAGAAACGCUCAUCGCAGCCGUGGAUCAUCGCCUACCAGCAUCGUCCAAUUUUCUGCUCUGAUAAGUACAACCAAUGUAAUGGCUCGGACAACAACCAACUCCGCUACGACAGCCCCGGGAAUCCCGCGCUAGAGCCGGUCUACGCCGAAUACGGCGUGGACAUGGUGUUCGCCGGUCAUCAUCACUUCUACGAACGUCAAUUCCCUCGCAGCCACCGACAUACGACAAUUCAAACGAACCCACAUGUCAAUGCGAAGGCCCCAGUGUAUGUUGUAAGCGGAUCGGCGGGCGGUGCGCCCGGGCAUCACUCGAGCUUUCAUGCCAGACCAAGUCCACUCAGUGCGGUGAGAAAGACGGAGAAUAGUUAUACCGUCUUGCACUUGCACAACAAGACCCAUUUGUUCAUGAAGCAGAUCUCCGUGGAAGGAAGGCCGAAGGAGAUCGAUCGAUUGUGGCUGAUCAAAAGCCCUGGCUAUAGCUCUGGCUAUGGCUAA